CUUACUAUUCAUAUUUAAUAUUUGCUAUUGAAUUUUAAGGAUAUUUUAUUAUAGCGUAUUGGCAUGAACAUUAGUACAUCAACAGCUUUAUUGAAUAAAUGACCAAAUAAUAAAUUUCAUAUUUUAUGACUAAAUAAUAUUUUAGUUUGGUUUGAUUUUCAAGUUGGUCGCAGCGUGUUUCAAAAAAAUGGAAGGUGUUCAUGUUUUAACACAAGACUUUAUAAAUGUGCAUAUUACUAAAUCCGAUAAUGAAGGUGUUCCUCCUAUUGAACGGAGGUUUAACAAAGGUAUAACAGUGUUGGAUUUUAAGACUAAACUGGAACUGGUUACUGGAGGAACAGCAAGUACCAUGAAACUGAAAGUGUAUGACAACAAGAACAACUUUUUAUGUGAUAUUGACAAUGAUACAGCUCUGCUUGGGUCUUAUCCAAUUGAUGAUGGCAUGAGGAUCCAUGUCAUUGACAAGUUUGCCUUGGUUCAAGAUUUUGAUGAUACUGAUAGUGCAGAAAGGUUCAAGUUAUCAGAAGAAGAAUAUGAAAAAAAGAGUGAUACACUCAGAUCAUUUCUACAAAAAAAUAAGCUUGGGAAAUAUAAUGCAGAAGAGAUGGCUAAGAUGAAAGAGCAGCAGGAAAAAGAGUUAGAGGAAGAAGCAAAGUUAGCUGAGUCAGUCUUAGUUGGUGCAAGGUGUGAGGUACGAGUACCAUCCCAGCCUACUCGGAGAGCUACUGUUCGCUACAAUGGACCAUUGGAAGGAACAAAAGGCUUGUGGAUUGGUGUACAAUAUGAUGAACCUAGAGGAAAGAAUGAUGGAUCAGUCAAUGGUAAAAGAUACUUCACUUGUCCACCCAAGUAUGGAGGUUUUGUAAAACCAGUUUAUGUCACUGUGGGAGACUUCCCUGAAGAGUCAUUUGAUCUAGAAGAUGAAAUAUGAUCUGAAAUCUAAUGUACCACUUAAUGCUUCUUGAAAUUGAUUUGCGUGCAAAGUAAAAUAUAAUUGCUUAUAUCUAAUCAUGAAUUGGAUGGAUCAUUAGUAAAAGGGACAUAGUUUGUAACUAAUACAUAAAAUGUAUUAAGUGCGAUAUUACCGUGUGCGAUAUUUGUACAAGUUUUUUAUAUGUAGCACAAAUAGGCUUUGGCGAAAUGACGUCUUUAAGGCCCCUUGUACGGAGAUCAAUAUGAUAUAAAGAUGGGAGACUGAGGACUAAAAAUAUUUUAGUGGAUGAAUGCAUUCAUUAUAUUCGUAAUGUUUUUUUUUAUAUUAGAUCUUAACUACUAGAUUUUUUAUUUAUUUAAAGUAGUCUUUAUAUUUGUAAAAAAACUCAGACAAUAUCGUGAUUUAUUUUUUAUUAUUAGAUUUCUGACUAAUACUUUUAUAUUAUUGCACCAAACAAUUGAGCUUUUAUUUAGUUUUCUUUAACAUUCCAAUUUGUUCUUUAUACCUAUACAAAGUGGUUUGUUAAUAAAAAAAGUUGUUCAUGCAGGAAUUAUUCUGAAUAAUUAAUCAAGGAGCUACAGAAUUCCCAAACCGCUAACCCUAAAUACAUUGUAAAAAAGCUAAGCAUCUGCUUAGUACAAGUAACGGGCUAAUAAAUUAUAAUUUUAUUUAAGAAAG